UCCAAUCUGCAAAGAAACUGCGUAAAACAAACAAACCUGUAAAAACAAAUAAUAAAAAAAGGGCCAAUAUCUGACAGAGGUGACCUGACAUCAGGAAAAGUAUAAACCUAGCGCUUAAAAUGAUCGCUUGAUAUGCUUUAAUUCCCAGUCGUGUCACUGUGCAUGCCUCCUAUUAGCUGCCCAACCCUCUUUUAUCUCAUGUCCUUUCAUGGUCAAUGACGUAGCACAUAUUGAAAGCCUCCUUUAAAUGCCUACUAACGCACGAGCGUCAGUUAUCUACCGCCGGGCAAGUGAAGGGUGCGAAUUACCAACAGACCAUCCUAUUUAAGAUAUCCAAUAAAUAAAGAUAUCCGUUGUAAUCAUUUCUAUGUCCUAAAUGACAAUGCCUGGUUAAAUCUGAGCUUAAAAACACCCAGUGCGUUUGGGCAACUUUGCAGUGGCGUAAAAUGACAGCUAACAGUGUGGAUAAAGUUUCUGAGUCGCUCACUGAUUUCAUACGCGCUAUUGCAACGGAUGUUUGUCCUAUGGAUGACAUACCAAGCGGCUUUCCUCAUGUAGACGUGAGAAGCGAGGCAUCAGGAGGUAGCCUGGGCGCGGAGAGUUUCUCUAAGGAAAAGCGCAUUGCUGACUUUCUAGACCCGAACAGCGCACAGAGUUCUCCUCUAGCCUACACGGGCAAAAUUUCCAUCGGCGCUCAGUGCGCACACGGCAGCUGGAGCCCAGACAGCUUGAUCAACUUUGUCUGCGCAGAAGUCCAAAACGCGACACCUGGCCUCACCCCUUUCCCUACCGCCUCUCCAGGACCCACAGACCUCUCGGGGGCUUCAGCUUGUGCCAAAAGCCACGAGAAGGAUAUGGAGCACAUGUACUCAUCACCUCCCCCUUACACCUGUAGUGCGGAUGGCUACCAGGACCCCUCGACCUACCUAUCAACUAGUACAUGCCCAUUAACGUACCCGCCUGCUUCUUACACAUCCCCAAAGUCCAGCAUAGACGGUGCGCUUUUCUCCAUCAUACCAGAUUAUGGAGGUUUUUACCAGAGCAGCGGCCAAAGAGAUGCGCCAGUCUUCCAGGACCGAAAACCGUUCUCCUGCUCUCUGGACUCCGUUAGAGUUCCUCCACCCCUCACGCCGCUGAACAUGAUAAGAAAUUUUACUCUUUCGUGUCCCGUGGACGGAUUGAGGCCGCCCACUGACUCCAACCCACAGAGUGUCCCGUUACGACCCAUACUGCGACCGAGGAAGUACCCGACCCGACCGUGUAAGACCCCGGUCCAUGAGAGGCCGUACCCGUGUCCAGCGGAGGGAUGCGACCGCAGGUUCUCGCGGUCCGACGAGCUCACGCGCCACGUGCGCAUCCACACCGGCCACAAGCCGUUUCAGUGCCGCAUCUGCAUGCGCAGCUUCAGCCGCAGCGACCACCUAACCACGCACAUCCGCACGCACACGGGCGAGAAGCCCUUCUCCUGCGACUUCUGCGGCCGGAAGUUCGCCAGGAGCGACGAGCGAAGGAGGCACACGAAAAUCCACCAAAGACAGAGAGAGAAAAGGGCGAGCGCUCCUCCUGCCCAGACAUCAGGCGCUCAAGGCGCCGUGUGAGAAAUAACCGGCCUCCUGAACCAUGACCACGUGACAAGAAAAAGGCGCUGGACAUAGGACCUUGUUUACCACCUUUCAGACCAAGACGUCAUGUUGUUUAUAUCGGUAUGUCCCAAACCGUGUACUACCUUACUUUACCAGGACAUGCAGAGUUCGUAUGUGCUCAAAAAAAGGCAUCCAUAUGUUCCCAACCCUGGUCUUGGAGUACCCCCUGUCCUGCACAUUUUGAUGUGUUUCCUGCUCCAACACAUCUUAUUCAACUAAUCAGUAUUUUACAAUAUUGACUUGAAGUGAGUGUGUUAGAACAGGGAACACACUAAAAUGUUCAGGACAGGAGGUACUCCAGCACCUUGGCUGGGAACCCAUGGUAGGCUACAGAUUAACCUUAUUUAUCAUGUGCAGAGCUCACUGUGGUUGAAAAGCUGCCCUAUCCAAGGGUCCCUGAAAAUGAGGCCUCAAAGGGUGUAAUAGAAAAGAUUGCCCACAGAGCCUGCAUUCACACAGGGCCUAGAAAUGUAGAAUAUAGAAUAUAAACAAACACAUUCCUAACUGGAUACAUUGAUUUACAUUUUUAUUUCACCCCCUUGUGUAAUAAAUAUGAAAAUAGCUUGCCCUGCAGCCUCUAUCUCAUUCUUGCUAUCAGGAAGACAAACAUGUAGCCCCCAUAGCUGCCUCCUUUCUCACUCACUAUGGAUUAUUAAAUGAGUAAAUUAGCUAUUGAAUAAAUUUCCUAACAGCAGCAUUGAAGCUUGCUUGCCACAUGUUAAAACUCUAGUUCAUAUGUCAUUUAUCAACAAAAAUUGUUUAAAUCCUCUGAGGUAAGAAGCUGAAUUGAAAUAUAGUCAAACAGUAAUGUUUUCUUAGCAGCUGGGAGCUAACUAAUUGAUUAACAUUGAUCACUUAUAGUUCCAAGCUUAUACUGGUUAGAAAUAAUCUACAUCAGUUGUUCAACUGAUUUUGACAUACUGUAUUAACACAGUUUUGUGAUUAUUUAAUCU